GCAGCACCGACUCUGCUCUGCUCCCCCAUUCGCUCCAGCAAGGAAAAGUAGCCACUGGCCGAGAGAACACUCCUCCCCUCCUUCCUCCUCCGUGGAGCCAGAGCUUUCUCCCUCUUUAAACUACGAUCUGGCUCCUAGUCUUCCCUCGGUGCAUGCUUCCCUUCGUGAGAGGGAGAUUUCUGAGCUUGUUCAUGUCAUGACACAGUGCAGCGCAGGAUCGAAGUGGUCGCCUCUAACGCCACUGGAACUGCCAGAGUGCCCGGGACUCCUUUCCAGUGCUUUGAGUUUGGUUACAUGAAAUUAUGCGAUGUUCGCAGGAGUGCCCGGUUCUUUUUCUGCUACUGCACUUUGUUUUCAUUUUGGCAGCCGGCCACGAAGAGCUCUCCGACUCCGGCAGACUCCUCUCCCUCUUUCCAGAGCAAGGUCAGCUGUCCCAGUCAGAUCUGUCCAUUGUCCACCCAGAGAAGACCAGCGCUGAUGGAGAGUUCAUCUCCCACUCUCUGUCUCACCACUUCAGGGGUGGGAGAGUCAGGCGUGACCUGCGACCCUUCGCUUCAGAGGGACAGGUUUACUACAAGGUCAACUACAAGGGUCGAGCUUUAAGGUUCAGUUUGACUGCAAACAAUAACCUGGUUUCAAAUGAGUACAUUCUGGAGAGGAGGAACGGCAGUGCCAACAGGACUGAGCAUCGCCUCUCUGAGGGGAAUUCCUGCCACCUCCUUGGCACCGUGGAAGUCUCUGAUGUGCGAGGGACUGCUGCCAUCAGCACCUGUAAAGGACUGAGAGGCUUCUUCUCCCUGCCAGAGGGACAGUAUUUCAUAGAACCUGUCCAGAAAUCUCCUGACGAUCCUGCAGGGACUCCAGAGCCCCACAUAGUCUAUCCAAGAGUUACCACAGAGAGUCAAAGAAAAAAACGCAGCCUCCAGUCUAAGGAAACAUCCAGUCCCUGCGGAGUUAAAGAUGCUCCAAGCGACUCGGUCCAGGUGGAGAGGGAGAGGGAGGAAUGGGAGAGGGAGCAGCAGCGGGGGGAGGGUCAGGCUCAGUCCCGCUCGCAGCGCUCAGUCAGCAGAGAGCGCUGGGUGGAGACCAUGGUGGUUGCCGACUCCAAACUCAUUGAAUAUCACGGCACUGACAAUGUGGAGUCUUACAUCUUCACCAUCAUGAACAUGGUGGCGGGAAUCUUUCAUGAUGCCAGUAUUGGUAAUGCCAUCCAUGUCAUCUUGGUGCGCCUCAUUUUACUACAGGGAGAAGAGAAAGGGUUGAAGAUUGUUCACCACGCAGACACCACUUUGGCCAGUUUCUGUGCUUGGCAGAAAAACCUCAAUCCUCAGAGUGACACACACCCAGCUCACCAUGACCUGGCUGUGCUGGUCACCAGGAAAGACAUCUGUGCUGGGAUGAACCAGCCCUGUGAGACCCUGGGUCUGUCUCAUCUGUCUGGGAUGUGUCAACCACACCGCAGCUGCAACAUCAAUGAGGACUCGGGACUACCUGUCGCCUUCACCGUUGCUCAUGAAAUGGGCCACAGCUUUGGAAUUCAUCAUGACGGUCAGGGGAACGACUGUGAGCUGGAAGGGAGGCACCCGUUCAUUAUGUCCAGACAGCUGAUGUAUGACAGCUCGCCUCUCACUUGGUCUUCCUGCUCCAAAGAAUACAUCACACGCUUCCUGGAUCGUGGCUGGGGUUUCUGUCUGGAUGACCGUCCUUCUAAGAGGGAUCUAACCACCCCGCUGGCUCGCCUUGGUGUCCGCUACACCACGCACCACCAGUGCCAGCUCCAGUAUGGCCCAAACGCCACCUUCUGCCCCGAGGUUGAUAACGUCUGCCAGAUUCUUUGGUGUUCGGUCAACGGCUCCUGUCGCUCCAAACUGGACUCGCCUAUAGAUGGUACCCGCUGUGGACCAGAGAAGUGGUGUAUCUCAGGGGAGUGUGUGAUCGUGGGUAAACUGCCAGAGACAGUGAAUGGAGCCUGGGGACAGUGGAGUACCUGGUCUCACUGCUCCAGGACGUGUGGAACAGGUGUUCAGUCAGCAGAAAGGGAAUGUGACAACCCCAAACCAGAGUUUGGAGGCAAGUACUGCACCGGAGAAAGAAAGCGUUAUCGGACCUGUAACACGAAACCCUGCCAGAGGAGCAAACCAACCUUCAGAGAGAUGCUGUGCAGUGAGUUUGACACCGUGGCCUACAACAAUGAUUUCUACCAGUGGAUUCCUGUGGCUAACCCAUUAAACCCCUGUGAGCUGCACUGUCGACCGGUCAAUGAGUAUUUCUCGGAGAAGAUGCUCGACACUGUGACAGAUGGGACGCCGUGUUUCAUGAACAACAAGUCCAGAAACAUCUGCGUCAAUGGAGUGUGCAAGGAGGUAGGCUGUGACUAUGGCAUUGACUCAAACGCAGUGGAGGAUCGUUGUGGAGUCUGUUUGGGCGACGGCACAAGCUGUGAGACGGUCUAUAAGUCAUUUGAUGAAGCAGAGGGCUUUGGGUACACGGACGUGGGUGUGAUACCUGAGGGGGCGCGGGACAUCCUGGUAACGGAAGUGGAGGAGGCAGGUAACUUCCUGGCUCUGAGGAGUGAGGCGUCGGAGGAGUAUUUCCUCAACGGCAACUACAUCAUCCAGUGGAAUGGGGAGUACGAAGCCGGUGGGACCACGUUCUUCUACGAACGCAGCGGAAACAUGGAGAACCUCACUGCUCCUGGACCCACCAUGCAGCCAGUCGUGCUCCAGUUGCUGUUUCAGGAGAGGAACCCUGGUCUAAAGUAUGAGUACACCAUCAAGAAGACCAAAGAGGCAGGAAAUGAGAUCAUCGAACCUAUUUACAAGUGGAGACACGGGGCAUGGACAGACUGUAGCACCACCUGUGGCUUAGGUGAGCAGCACCAGCCUGUUCUUUGUUUUGAGAUGGACGUGGGCGUAGUGGACGAGUCUCUGUGUGACCCAGAGAGCCGUCCAGAGGACAGACACCGAAAGUGCAAGACUAUGGAUUGUCCUGCAAGGUGGUGGGUUGGGGGUUGGCAGCAGUGUUCAGCCACCUGUGGAUCAGACGGCAUGAGAAAGCGAACAGUGCUCUGUGUCCGCACGGUUUCAGGGGAGGAGAGGGUGCUCCACCCCGUGGAGUGCAAGCAUCUCCUUAAACCCAAACCUGCCGUGCCGUGCAACAGAGAUGUACCCUGUGGACAGGACUGGGCGGUUGGGAACUGGGAAGAGUGCCCAGUCACAUGUGGCGGAGGGGUUCGCUCGAGGACAGUCACGUGUGUGCUAGCGCCCAAAAAGACCUGCGAUCUCUCAACCAAACCUCGGUCCAGAUCACUGUGUGCCCUGCAGAGCUGCCCUAACUCGAGUCUACGUAGACGACCUGGGCAUGCCCCUAAAUACCGCCGUGUUUACCCACCCAAGAGCCACCCCACCAAGCAUCCCAGCUCACCUACUUUGGCUCCCACGAGCACCACGGCCACAGCUGCACCCACAGCUGCCAUCACUGUCAGGAAGAAAACAACCACCAAAGAAAUGACAACUGCUUUCAUCCCUACCACCACAUCCAUUUCAACCCCUGAAACCACAAUCCCUGAAAUCAUAGACACAGAUGAUUAUGAGUUCAGUGGUGUUGUGAGGAAAAAUGGGGAUAAGAGAGGGAAAGUUUUCCCUUCUAAACCCAGUUCUACAGAAAAGGACAGGAAGCCGACUAAUGUGGAAAAGGAGAACAUGGAAGGAGAGGAGGGAAGUACGCCAAAUGUGGUGAUGUACACUCCAGGAUAUGAUUAUGUUGUUGAGGACAGGACGACAGAAGAGGAGGGGAUUAUUGACCUGGAUGUUUUUACCACAGCUACAUCACUCAAAAAUCCUCUUAAAUCAACCACUUUACAAACAAGUCCACCUAACAUACGCACAACCAGAACACCCACCACAACCACUUACUCCACCCCACACACCAGUACUGAAACAUGGGAAAAGACCACUCACCACUUAUCCAGCCCACACACCAGUCCGUACAGCCACUGGACAUACAGGGUUCCCCUCACCACUCCUACGUACAAGAGCCACUCAAACCCUUCAAAAACUGGCUUCCACACAACGCAAGCUCCCUCCACAGCUGCAAGAAAACUGUUCACCACUGCGGCAUCGCCCCAGCCCACGGUAAAGAUUAUUAAACCAAAGAAGCCUGUGACACCCAAGAAAAACAGCCCUGCCUCUCGCACUAAAAAGCCCUCUUCACUGCCCAAAGGCAGUCGCUCCAAGAGUCCAAACCGGCAACCAGGAAGUCCCAUGAGCAGCUCCGCCAGUGACCAAAGCAACCUGAUGGCCAGAGAGCCAGUCAGCAUGGAUAUAUUCUGGGUUGUAGGAAACUGGAGUAAGUGUUCAACAACAUGUGGGAUCGGUGCUAUAUGGCGAACAGUCACAUGCAGCUCCCACAGCGACGAGGACUGUGCCAACAUGAAGAGACCUGAGCCUGCACGCACAUGUGAGCUGCAGCCCUGUGCUGCCUGGCAAAGUGGCAGCUGGAGCAAGUGCCCGGAUAACUGUGCGGUUGUGGGAAGGAGGUACCGUGAUGUCCAGUGUGUCGAUUCUCAGAGCAAACGUCCCCUCAGACCUUUCCACUGCCAGGCUGUGUCCAGCAGACCUGUCAGCACCUUGACUUGCCCCCACAAGCCCUGUAUGGCCUGGAGUGUAUCACCCUGGGGACCAUGCUCUGGCAGCUGUGGCGAAGGCAUCAGGGAGCGGCUGGUGUACUGUCCCGAGCCUCAUCGCUGUAGUACCACACUGAGGCCAAACGGCACGGAGCAGUGCAGCUUAAAGCCCUGCACACACUGGAAGACUGAAGACUGGGAGGAGUGCUCUGUGAGUUGUGGUGGGGGUCAGCAGCAGCGUCAAGUCAACUGUGUGAGUGACCAAGAUUUGGCUGUUAUGCCAAACAGCCUCUGUGAGAAGAUUUCAAAACCAGAAACACUCAGGAAGUGCAAUAUGCAGGAAUGCAAGGCGAACACAGGUCCAGUUUGCAGGAAGAACACCAUGUCCUCACGCUUCUGUGACAAGCUGAAGCUAUUGGGUCGCUGCUCUCUCAGGUCGGUCCAAAGACAGUGCUGUGUCACCUGUGGGCCAUAGCUUACAGGUUACACACGCACAAUACUGUAUAUCACAAUGGGCACAUCCCAACCACAGUAAGACUUACUGUAUCUCCAUGCAAUACAUCCAUCCAGCCAAGCCAUCCAUAGACUGACACGUCCGAACCAAAGUGUUAAUGUCCACAACACUACAACAAGCGCAUCUUAAACAGCACAAACAAACAUGGGUCGAAUAAGAUUAUGUUAUUAUUAUUUUUAUGGUUUUUAUCUGUUUAGGUAACUUUUUCUAAUGAAAGAUUUUACUGGGAGGGUUUUUAAAAAGUACGUGAGAGAACAAGCCAAAACAGUGAGGAUAAAUACACAUUUGGUCUGUAACAAAUGUUAGAGCAUUAGCCAUCUUGAGAUGAGCAGAAAUGCUUAUCAGAAUUAAAAUAUUGCUAAUUCUUUUUUUUUUUCAAGAAGCACAACUCAAAAGCUCAGGCAAGUACAAGAGCUACUGCUACACAGUUGUGCUAAAUAAGAUUAUAACACAAGGUACAGUACGCACUUUCUUUAUUCAGUAAGAAAAUUUAGUAAUGACCCACAGUACAAAUAUUUCUGGGCCAAAGGUGCUUUUAUAAUCAAGGUGCUGAUGAUCACAGUUCAACAGUCCAGUUACCAGUUAUAUUUUUAUUUCAAACUAAACUGGUAACACAGAAUGUAAAUAAAGAUUUUUGUGACCUCUUUAUUAAAUUGUUAAUAGUAAUGAUAAUCUUUUUUAACUCAUAUUUUUUGCUUUUUCUUGCUUGAAUUCUGGUUUUGUCCUCAGAGCUGGCACUGUGUGUUUAUAUUAUUCUGGGUACAAGUUCCUGCUUUAGUCUUUUUUGUUUCAGUUGUUAACAGAAAAAAAAAAAAAUGCUGCAGAACCUGCACAGUUCUCUGGCUGAACCUGUGGUGCUCAUCCUCUGGUGUGUGAGAUUGACCAAUGAGAAAGAGGUGUUGCAGGUCAUCCCUCUCAGGUCCCUUCCAAAGAUGGCCGCUGUGUUUGUAUGAUAUUGUACAGGCAUUACCGUUGUCAUGAAACUGGUACAUCACCGUCACUGAUUCGUCCGUCACAUGUCUCCAUCAAUAAAUGUUGUGGUACAAGAUGUUUGUGACAAAACUUUGUAACUGAGACAUGGAAUAAAAAUUUCUUUUAAUAUU